AUGAAGAAGAACAAAGAAAAAUCUGCACAUGAUGUCUGGUAUUCAGGGUUUGAAAGAUACUUCAUCAAGCCACCUUGGAGAUCAGGAAAUAAGCGAGAUGCAGCUACUGUUUUGGUCGUCUUCUUUUUCUUCCUCUUCCUUGGCGCCUUAUUAUUUGUGGGUUGGUUUGAUGCUUCUGUAUUUCGUGGAAUUUCCAUUCAAAAACCAACCGUAACGCCCACAAGAAUGCCUCCAAAGUUCCCACUCAAGUGCACCACAGGAAACCUGACACAGCAAACCUGUCCAAAAAACUAUCCUACUAAACACAACCCCACCACAAAUCCUGACCGUCCAUCAAACCUUACUACAUGCCCGUCAUACUUCCAAUGGAUCCAUGAUGAUCUACGGCACUGGAGAGAGACAGGAAUCACAAGGGACAUGAUCGAACGGGGUCGAAAAACAGCACAUUUUAGGCUUGUGAUUGUCAACGGGAAGGGAUAUGUUGAGAGGUAUAGGAAAUCAAUACAAACGAGAGAUAUGUUCACAUUAUGGGGUAUUUUACAGCUUCUAAGGCGGUAUCCUGGUAAAUUGCCUGAUUUGGAGCUCAUGUUUGACUGUGACGAUCGGCCAGUCAUUCCAUCAAAGAAUUUUAGGGGCCCAAAUGCAGCCCCACCACCAUUGUUUCGAUACUGUUCAGAUUGGCACAGCUUAGAUAUUGUGUUCCCGGAUUGGUCAUUUUGGGGCUGGGCUGAGACCAAUAUAAGGCCAUGGAAAAAUUUGUUAACGGACAUUAAAAAAGGUAACAGCAGAACUAAAUGGAAGGACAGGACACCCUAUGCAUACUGGAGAGGUAACCCAUGGGUUUCUCCAGUGAGACAGGACCUUCUCAAGUGCAAUGUCUCUGACCAAAAUGACUGGAACACUCGCCUAUAUAUUCAGAUCUACAUAGAAGGAUGGGCCUGGUCAGUAAGCGAGAAAUACAUUUUGGCAUGUGAUUCAAUGACCAUGUACGUUACUCCUCGUUACCACGAUUUCUUUAUAAGAGGGAUGGUACCAUUGCAGCAUUACUGGCCUAUUAGGGACAAUAGCAAGUGCACUUCUCUCAAGUUUGCUGUGGAAUGGGGCAACAAUCACACCGAAGAGGCACAAGCAAUAGGAGAGGCUGCUAGCAAAUUCAUUCAUGAGGAUAUGAAGAUUGAUUAUGUGUAUGAUUACAUAUUUCAUCUACUAAACGAAUAUGCAAAGCUCUUGAAGUUCAAGCCGACAAUACCUCCAGGAGCAGAGGAGCUGUGCCCAGAAACAAUGGCAUGCCCCACAAACGGUACACAUAGGAAGUUCUUGGAGGAAUCCAUGGUGCUGUCUCCUAGUGAUACAAUCCCAUGCACCUUGCCUCCCAAUGAUCCUUCGGUACUUAGAAAUUUGUUGGAUAGAAAAGUCAAAUCAACUAAGCAAGUAGAGAUGUGGGAGAACGAAUACUGGGAAAAUCUAAAUAAGAAGCAAUAG